AUGUCUCAAGCAUCAGGAAAGAAGGAUUUUGUCAAGGCCAAGAUUGAAAGAACUUCACUUGGUGUGAAGUGCAUGGGUCUAAAGAGCGGUUCUUCCAAAUCAAAGAAAGAUUUUGGAAAGAAGAAGACAAGAACUCCUGCAAGAAAGGUUUACAAGUCCAAGGUUCGCAAUAAGGCUCUCUCGAUUGUUCCUCCCUGUGAGGAUGUUUCUGAUGAAGAGGUGAUUUGUGCAGAAAACUCUCCCACCGGCUCCAAUCAAGAUGAUGUGCCCGAUGUUGGGACGUCUAUUCCUGAAGACAUCCAUGAUCAAGAAAUUCCUGAAAAGGAAUCCUCUGCUCAUGAAGAUUCAGGAUUACCCACUCAAUCUCAUGGUUCCUCCUUGCUUUCGAAGGAGGAUGAUCCAGUGCAUGUGUCCACUACAUACACCCAGUCCAAGGAGUCAAGCCAGGCUCCAAUCUCUGUUCAGAACAUCUCUGAUGAUGAUUCUGAUGAUGUUCCUUUGGCUGGUUUUCUCCCAGAUAGUGUUGCUUCCAGGAUAAAGAGACAAAGAAGGGCAUCUGGUGUUGAAGAAUCUUCUGCCCCUCAGAAGAAGUCCAAAUCCACUCUAUCAACCUUCAAGUCUAAGCCAGUAUAUGUGAAGGGAAAAGAAAAUGUUCAGAAGUGGAAGUUUGUAUGUCAACGCAGAAUUGCCAAGGAAAGGGAAGUUGGCUCUGAUGUGCUUGAGUGGAAGGAAGUGGUGGCACUAAUUGAGAAGGUUGGGCUAAUGAAGACCAUUCCUAAAGUUGGAAGGUGUUAUGAAAGGCUGGUGAAGGAAUUUCUGGUGAAACUUUCUGAGGAAGUGGGACUUCCGAAGAGUGUUGAGUUCAGAAAGGUUUAUGUAAGGGCUAAGUGUGUUGAGUUCUCUCAUGCUGUGAUCAACAAAACACUUGGAAGAAGUGAUGGUGAAGUUGUUGAUGAGGAACUUUCCUUGGAUGUGAUUGCCAAGGAACUUACUGCUGGCCAAGUCAAGAAGUGGCCUAUCAAGAAGUUGUUGUCCACUGGAAAUCUGAGUACCUUGAAACAUGCUGACACUUGUGCUGUGAAGCUGCCAUUCUCAUUUCCAUCUCUUCUUACAGAGAUCAUCCUUCAACAACAUCCUUAG